CCCGGAGCCCGGCGGCGGAGCCCCGGGCUGGGAGGGGAGGUGGGCCGGGACCGGGACCACACGGACAUCGCCGAGUCCAAGACCCCCGGAUCGUUUCCCGAUCGCUCGGCCCGCUCCCAUUCCCAGACGGGCCGCCCGCACCCCGGGUUCUUUUCCAACGGCGGCUCUGCUCUGCACCCUCCCCUCCCGGAACCGGAGCCGGAGGGGGAGCUCGGCACCUGCGCCCCCCACCCCCCCGCAUCACCACCACCCCUACUGCAACCCGGAGGUCUUCUUACCGGCCUUCCUCUGGGACCUAGGGCUGCGGAAGGGCCCACCAUGGCAACUCCAGCACCUCUGGCUGUCUCGCUGUUGCUGCCCAGCCUCAUCCUGCUGGAGUCCCACCUCUGUAGCUCCCAGGACAUCUCCAGUGAGCCCAGCAGUGAACAGCAGCUAUGUGCCCAGAGGGAGCACCCCAUCGUGGCCUUUGAAGAUCUGAAGCCAUGGGUCUCCAACUUCACCUACCCUGGAGUCCAAGAUUUCUCCCAGCUCGCUCUGGACGCCUCCAGGAACCAGCUCAUUGUGGGAGCCAGGAACUACCUCUUCAGACUCAGCAUUGCCAAUGUCUCCCUUCUUCAGGCCACAGAGUGGGCCUCCAAUGAGGAAACGCGCCGCUCUUGCCAGAGCAAAGGGAAGACCGAGGAGGAAUGUCAGAACUACGUGCGCGUCCUGAUCGUGGCCGGCCGGAAGGUGUUCAUGUGUGGCACCAACGCCUUUUCCCCAGUGUGUUCCAGCAGACAGGUGGGGAACCUCAGCCGGGUUAUCGAGAAGAUCAACGGUGUGGCCCGCUGUCCUUAUGACCCACGCCACAACUCCACAGCUGUCAUCUCCUCCCAAGGGGAGCUCUACGCGGCCACUGUCAUUGACUUCUCAGGUCGGGACCCAGCCAUCUACCGCAGCCUGGGCAGCGGGCCUCCGCUCCGCACUGCCCAGUAUAACUCCAAGUGGCUCAAUGAGCCCAACUUCGUGGCAGCCUUUGACAUCGGGCUGUUCACGUACUUCUUCCUUCGGGAGAACGCCGUGGAGCAUGACUGUGGGCGCACCGUGUACUCUCGGGUGGCCCGCGUGUGCAAGAACGACGUGGGGGGCCGCUUCCUGCUGGAGGACACGUGGACCACGUUCAUGAAGGCCCGGCUCAACUGCUCUCGGCCGGGUGAGGUACCCUUCUACUAUAAUGAACUGCACAGUGCCUUCCACCUGCCGGAGCAGGACCUCAUCUAUGGAGUCUUCACGACCAACGUAAACAGCAUCGCCGCUUCAGCUGUGUGCGCCUUCAACCUCAGUGCCAUCUCCCAGGCUUUCAAUGGCCCGUUUCGUUACCAGGAGAACCCCAGGGCUGCCUGGCUCCCUAUUGCCAACCCCAUCCCCAAUUUCCAGUGUGGCACCCUGCCGGAGACCGGGCCCAACGAGAACCUCACCGAGCGCAGCCUGCAGGAUGCCCAGCGGCUCUUCCUGAUGAGCGAGGCGGUGCAGCCGGUGAGCCCGGAGCCCUGCGUCACCCAGGACAGCGUGCGCUUCUCGCACCUCGUGGUGGACCUCGUGCAGGCCAGGGACACCCUGUACCACGUGCUCUACAUCGGCACGGAGUCCGGCACCAUCCUCAAGGCGCUGUCCACCGGCAGCCGCAGCAGCUGCUACCUGGAGGAGCUGCACCCGCUGCCGCCCGCCCGCCGCGAGCCGCUGCGCAGCCUGCGCAUCCUGCACAGCGCGCGCGCGCUCUUCGUGGGCCUGAGCGACGGCGUGCUGCGGGUCCCGCUGGAGAGGUGCGCCGCCUACGGCAGCCGGGGGGCAUGCCUGGGGGCGCGGGACCCCUACUGCGGCUGGGAUGGGAAGCAGCAUCGUUGCAGCACCCUGGAGGACAGCUCCAACAUGAGCCUCUGGACCCAGAACAUCACCGCCUGUCCCGUACGGAAUGUGACCCGGGAUGGGGGCUUUGGCCCAUGGUCACCAUGGCAACCAUGUGAACACUUAGAUGGAGACAAUUCAGGUUCUUGCCUGUGCCAGGCCCGAUCCUGUGACUCCCCACGCCCCCGAUGUGGGGGCUUAGACUGCCUGGGGCCAGCCAUCCACAUUGCCAACUGCUCCAGGAAUGGGGCGUGGACCCCAUGGUCUCCGUGGGCUCAGUGCAGCACAUCCUGUGGAAUAGGCUUCCAGGUCCGCCAGCGAAGUUGUAGCAACCCGGCCCCUCGCCACGGGGGCCGCAUCUGCGUGGGCAAAAGCCGGGAGGAGAGGUUCUGCAAUGAAAACACGCCCUGCCCGGUACCCAUCUUCUGGGCUUCCUGGGGCUCAUGGGGCAAGUGCAGCAGCAACUGCGGGGGCGGCGUGCAGUCGCGGCACCGGGCCUGCGAGAAUGGCAACUCGUGCCCGGGCUGCAGCGUGGAGUUCAAGACGUGCAACCCCGAGAACUGCCCCGAGGUGCGGCGCAACACGCCCUGGACGCCGUGGCUGCCGGUGAACGUGACGCAGGGCGGCGCGCGGCAGGAGCAGCGCUUCCGCUUCACGUGCCGAGCCCCCUUGCCAGAUCCACACGGGCUCCAGUUCGGCCGGAGGCGGACCGAGACGAGGACUUGCCCUGCGGAUGGCUCUGGAGCCUGCGACACGGAUGCCCUGGUGGAGGACCUCCUGCGCAGCGGGAGCACCUCGCCGCACACGCUGAGCGGAGGCUGGGCCGCCUGGGGACCCUGGUCGUCGUGCUCCCGGGACUGCGAGCUGGGCUUCCGUGUCCGCAAGAGGACGUGCACCAACCCGGAACCCCGCAACGGGGGCCUGCCCUGUGUGGGCGAUGCCACCGAGUACCAGGACUGCAACCCACAGGCUUGCCCAGUACGGGGCGCCUGGUCCUGCUGGACCGCGUGGUCCCAGUGCUCAGCAUCCUGCGGGGGUGGCCAUUACCAACGCACACGUUCCUGCACCAGCCCGGCGCCCUCGCCAGGUGAGGACAUCUGUCUCGGCCUGCACACGGAGGAGGCGCUGUGUGCCACACAGGCCUGCCCAGAAGGAUGGUCGCCGUGGUCGGAAUGGGGCGCGUGUAGUGAGGAUGGGGCUCAGAGCCGGAGCCGGAACUGCGAGGAGCUUGUCCCGGCGCCCGGAGCGUGCGCUGGUAACAGCAGCCAGAGCCGGCCCUGUCCCUAUAACGAGAUUCCUGUCAUCCUGUCUGCUUCCAGCGUGGAGGACGCCACUGGCUGCGGAGGGUUCAAUCUCAUCCACCUGGUGGCCACCGGCGUCUCCUGCUUCCUGGGCUCCGGGCUUCUCACCUUGGCAGUGUACUUGUUUUGCCAGCACUGCCAGCGCCAGUCUCAGGAGUCCACACUUGUCCAUCCUGCCACCCCUAACCACUUGCACUACAAGGGAGGGGGCACCCCCAAAAAUGAGAAGUACACACCCAUGGAGUUCAAGACCCUGAACAAGAAUAACUUGAUCCCCGAUGACAGAGCCAACUUCUACCCGCUGCAGCAGACCAAUGUGUACACGACCACCUAUUACCCCAGCCCGCUGAACAAGCCCAGCUUCCGGCCCGAGGCUUCUCCUGGACAGCGGCGCUUCACCAACAGCUGAUGUCACCGCUCGUGGACUUCAGCUCCUGCCUUUCCAAGGCACAGAGCGGUGGAGAUGGGACCAUCGAGCCACUUUGGUUUUCUUCCCUUGCACUGGGCCAAGAACAUGUUGCCUGGCCUGUUGGGGGUCCCAUCUGGCUUCAGAACGCUCUGCUUGUUGGUCUUACUACCGGGGUGGGAAAGGGUUGGCUUCAAGCCAGCGCGUGGCUACGGAUCCAGCUCAGCCCAGGUUUCUUGGCCUCCUUGUGAGCCACCAUCGCCUGUCCCUGCCAGGUCUGAGCUGCCGACCUACUGGGCAUGUGAGAGAUUGGAAAGUAGGCAUGAAAGGCAAGGCGGUCUGACCCUCUCUGGCUGACCCCAAGACAGAAAGACUUGGACAGCAUCCAGCUUGUCUCUGAAAAGACUGAAUUAAAUGGCCCGGUAACUCUGCAUCUCUGCCUAAGGCUGGACCAUUGUGGUGCUUCCUGCAAGUGGCACAGGUGAUCAACGAUGGUCCAGGUUGUCCAUCCCCACCUAAUAUGCUGUAUCUUGCCCAGGGACAUCCCUCUGGGCAGGGGCAGUAAUGGGAACUGGAGGCUGGUCUCCGUUGAGAAGGCCCUUUAAUCUGACUUGGCACAGGCCCCAACCUCACCUUCAGAGCGCGCACAAGUGGCCCAGGAAGAAGAGAGGCUCAAGACCACCAGAGACAGACUCUGGCCUCUGGACCUCGAUGGAGACCAUCUUCCAGUUGCUGCUUAACAGUCAUUGGCUGAGACCUGCUUGGAAGUCUCUGCUGGCCCCUUAUCUAUUCAGGACCACACACACACACACACACACACACACACACUGGCUGCUACAACAACAAAAAAGAUGUUGAACUGUGGCAUUAUUGAUUAAAGAUGAUAUCCAGUUUCCAAAUGCAAACUGUCUUUGUGCAUAUGUGUGUAGGGCCCCCCCUUGGCACAGUCUGGUCUCUGAGGUAACAACUGCUUUCUCAAAGCAGAGGAAACAGCCCAAUAGAGUCUGCCAUUAAGAGAGGACAUCUUGCCCGGAUGUGGGUUCAUGCACACGCUCACACGUUUUCCCUAAUCUGUUUUGGAAAAGAAGUUGGGGAUAAGCAGAGCUCACAAGU